AUGCGUGAUGCUACUGCUGCCAAUGUUAUUCGAUUUUUAAUAAGUGAAAUUUUUCAUAAAUUUGGUGUACCGGAGGUGAUCCACAGCGAUAAUGGUGCUCAAUUCAUAUCCAAAAGUUUUCAAGAUAUGAUAUCUGCUUAUAAAAUAACGCAUAUGAGAACCGCAGUGUACUCACCCCAAUCCAAUGCUUCCGAACGUGUAAAUCGGUCUGUCAUAUCGGCCAUAAGGACAUAUUUGAAUGAAGACCAUCGAGAUUGGGAUCUCUACUUAUCGGAGAUCGAGUGCGCUCUUAGAACAUCAGUCCAUUCGGCAACUGGAGUAACCCCUUUCUUUUCAUUAUUCGGUUACGAGAUGCAUUCUAAUGGCACGGACUAUAAGUUGGCACGGAAAUUGCUAUCCAUGUCCGAUCAUGAGAUAUCUGAUUUACAGCGACCGGAUAAAUUGGAAAUGAUCAGAGAGAAGGUGAAAAGGAAAACGCAUGAGGCAUAUGAAAGAAGUUCUGAGAGGUAUAAUAAACGAGCACGCGUCGUUAGAUUCCUACCCGGUCAAGAAGUAUAUCGCCGUAAUACUGUUUCGUCUGAUUUUGCUAAAGAUCGUAAUGCCAAAUUUUGUAAGAAGUUUUUGAAGUGUCGAAUCGUUAGACCUGUCGGCAAUAACAUGUAUGAACUUGAAACAUUACAAGGCAAGACGUUAGGUACGUAUCAUGUUAAAGAUAUUCAAAUAUAG